AUGAGACAGAGAAGGUGGCCUGAGUUUUUGAAAGACUAUGACUUUGAGUUGAGUUACCAUCUGGGUAAAGCUAAUGUAAUGGCAGAUACAUUGAGUAGGAAGUCCUUGCAUAUGUCGACAUUGAUGGGCCAAAAAUUAGAUUUGGGAUUACUUGAUCGUCCAGUGUUAAUCAAUCAAGGUAAAAAGGUGGAUUUUAGAGUUGAUAAGAAUGGUGUUAUGAGGUUCAGAGAUAGAGUUUGUGUACCAGAUUUGUUAGAGCUUAAGAAGAAGAUUUUUGAAGAAGGGCAUAAAAGUGGGUUGAGUAUUCAUCCAGGUGCUACGAAGAUGUAUCGGGAUCUUAAGAAGAUGUUUUGGUGGCCAGAAAUGAAGAAGAAAACGAAAGGAAUUGAUUCUAUUUGGGUGAUUGUUAAUAGACUGACUAAAUCGCCUCAUUUCAUUUCGAUUAAAAUCAAUUAUCAAUUGUAUAAGCUAGCAGAGGUUUACAUCAGUGAAAUUGUGAAGUUGCACGGUAUUCCUUCAAGCAUUAUAUCGGAUAGAGAUACGAGGUUCACAUCGAGGUUUUGGAAGAGUUUACAGGAAGCUUUGGGAACUAAGUAUAGGUUGAGUUCAAAUUAUCAUCCAUAG